AUGUCUAUCGAACAACUUCAGGAAGAAGCCAAUACCGAAAACACUAUCAAGGAGGAAUAUAAACUAUGGAGGGAAAACUGUAGGUUCAUGUAUGAAUUUGUCAGUGAGACUGCUUUGAAGUGGCCCUCUAUCACAGUUCAAUGGUUACCUGAACAUAUCUCCAGACCAGAUGAAAAUUUGAUCGAAUCUCAAUUAUUGUUAGGUACUCAUACUGAAGGGUCAGAAACCAACUAUUUAAAGUUAGCAUCAACACAGUUACCUAUCCAAAAAGGGAAAGUCAAUUCCAAAAUCAAAAUUACCAAAAAAUUCGAAAAUAAUUACGAAAUCAAUAGAGCUAGAUACAUGCCCCAAGAUGGUAAUAUAGUCAGUACCAUAAAUGGAGGUGGGGAGAUUGAUAUUUAUAAGUUAGAUGAUGAAGAUAAGAAAUCUUUGUUCCAUCUUACUCAUCAUACGGAAAACGGAUACGGGAUCUCCUGGAAUCCAUUCAAGAAAGGAUACUUAGCAUCAGGAUCAGACGAUAAAUCAGUAUGGAUUCAUGAAAUCUCCGAUAAAGUCAACAAGAUCAUGAGUUUUGAAAACCACGAAGAUAUAGUGAAUGAUGUCCAAUGGCAUACGGUUAAUGAGAACUUAUUAGGAUCAGUUUCUGAUGAUAAGUAUAUGAAUAUCUAUGAUAUCAGAAUUCUGGAAAAACCAGUGUUACAGUUUUACAGCCCGGACAGUGAUGGGAUCAAUUCAUUGGCAUUUUCUCCGUUCUCCCAAAACCUCAUUGCCAUAGGUAAUGGGAAUUCCAACAUCAGUCUUAUAGAUUUCAGAAAAUUAUCUAUCACUCCAGGAUCGCAAGGAUUACUUCAUACUAUGAUGGGACAUUCUGAUGCCAUCACCAGUUUAGAGUUUUCUCCUACCAAAGAUGGUAUUGUUGCAUCAGGAUCACAAGAUCGUAGAUUAAUGAUCUGGGAUUUAAGUAAAAUCGGUGAAGAACAAGUUCAGGAAGAUGCUGAAGAUGGAUGUCCUGAGUUAUUUAUGAUGCAUGCUGGGCACACUGGAGGAGUUACCGAUUUAAGUUGGUGUCCAUAUAAAGAUUGGACGUUAGCAUCCGUAGCUGAUGAUAAUAUCGUUCAUAUAUGGGAGAUAUCGGGUAAUUUGUUGAAUGAAGGAGUUCCACAGGAAGUAGAUGAUAAUGAGUUAGAGUAA